AUGACUUCACCUGUCAGUUGUAAUAUUGCGUUGUGUCAAGAAUAUUGUGUUGUGUUGAGAAUAUUGUGUUGUGUCAAGAAUAUUGUGUUGUUUCAAGAAUAUUGCGUUGUGUCAAGAAUAUUGCGUUGUGUCAAGAAUAUUGUGUUGUGUCAAGAAUAUUGUGUUGUGUCAAGAAUAUUGUGUUGUGUUGAGAAUAUUGUGUUGUGUCAAGAAUAUUGUGUUGUGUCAAGAAUAUUGCGUUGUAAUAUUGCGUUGUGUCAAGAAUAUUGCGUUGUGUCAAGAAUAUUGCGUUGUGUUGAGAAUAUUGUGUUGUGUCAAGAAUAUUGCGUUGUGUUGAGAAUAUUGUGUUGUGUCAAGAAUAUUGUGUUGUUUCAAGAAUAUUGCGUUGUGUCAAGAAUACUGCGUUGUGUCAAGAAUAUUGUGUUGUGUCAAGAAUAUUGUGUUAAUAUUGUGUUGUGUCAAGAAUAUUGCGUUGUGUCAAGAAUAUUGUGUUGUGUUGAGAAUAUUGUGUUGUGUCAAGAAUAUUGUGUUGUUUCAAGAAUAUUGCGUUGUGUCAAGAAUAUUGUGUUGUGUCAAGAAUAUUGCGUUGUGUUGAGAAUAUUGUGUUGUGUCAAGAAUAUUGUGUUGUGUCAAGAAUAUUGCGUUGUGUCAAGAAUAUUGUGUUGUGUUGAGAAUAUUGUGUUGUGUCAAGAAUAUUGUGUUGUGUCAAGAAUAUUGUGUUGUGUCAAGAAUAUUGUGUUGUGUCAAGAAUAUUGCGUUGUGUCAAGAAUAUUGUGUUGUAAUAUUGCGUUGUGUCAAGAAUAUUGCGUUGUGUCAAGAAUAUUGCGUUGUGUCAAGAAUAUUGUGUUGUGUCAAGAAUAUUGUGUUGUGUCAAGAAUAUUGUGUUGUGUUGAGAAUAUUGUGUUGUGUCAAGAAUAUUGUGUUGUGUCAAGAAUAUUGUGUUGUGUCAAGAAUAUUGCGUUGUGUCAAGAAUAUUGUGUUGUGUUGAGAAUAUUGUGUUGUGUCAAGAAUAUUGCGUUGUGUCAAGAAUAUUGUGUUGUUUCAAGAAUAUUGUGUUGUGUCAAGAAUAUUGUGUUGUGUCAAGAAUAUUGUGUUGUGUCAAGAAUAUUGCGUUGUGUUGAGAAUAUUGUGUUGUGUCAAGAAUAUUGUGUUGUGUCAAGAAUAUUGCGUUGUGUUGAGAAUAUUGUGUUGUGUCAAGAAUAUUGUGUUGUGUCAAGAAUAUUGUGUUGUGUCAAGAAUAUUGUGUUGUGUCAAGAAUAUUGCGUUGUGUCAAGAAUAUUGUGUUGUGUCAAGAAUAUUGUGUUGUGUCAAGAAUAUUGUGUUGUGUCGACAAAGUGUGAUAAACCACCUUUUUUUACAAUAGUGCUAAAUGUUCUAGAUUAA